CGCCCAUGAGGGGGCGAGGCAGGGGUAUGCUUCGGGGGCGCGGGCCCAUGCGAGGCCGCGGGGGGGAAUCCUCAACAAAAAGGACAAACAGGGAGAAAUGAACAAACCAUGGGUGACAGAAGCCAUGAAGAACGAGAUCAUGAAGAAACACAAGCUGCACCAGAAGGCAAAGAAGACCAAGAGCAAGGAGGACUGGGAUGGCUUCAAGGAGCAACGCAAUAAAGUGACCACCAUGCUCCGUGAGGCCAAGCUGGAGUACAUCGGCGCACACCCAGAGGAGGAUGUGGAUAAAAUAUUGGCGGAAGCAGCCAUGCAAGGCAACAUUAAAGAUGAGGAAAAUAAAGGGGAGGCGUCAGCCACUAGUGAAGCUAAUGUGGACAGUCCGGCCGUCCCCGAGGGGGAAGGGGCAAAACCCAGACCAUGGACCAGGCAGAGGAGAACGGGGAGGCUAUAGUGGAUCAGACAGAGAUAAACACCGAUGUUCCCAUG